ACCUUAUUUAGUCGAAAUGUUGUCAGGUUAGCCAGCCAGAGGCAAGCUAAUUUUAGCCCCUGUAGCGCCUGUCUGUCAUCCUGUUGGUUGGCUGCUUCUUCAUGCUAACAGCUUGGCUGUCUGCUAACAUUAGCCGCCUUGAAAAUAUCUGGUGAUGUUAUCAGUGUUGCAUUAAUAUCAAAUUAGCCCGUCAGCCAGUUCACCAGACAGGAUUUACUGCUCUGCAAUGGCUGGUUUUCUCGCUUUUUAUUGGAUCUCAAAGGUCAAACGUUUGUGCAUGUAGCUCGUUUAUAGAGACACCGUGUUCCUCUCUGGCUAACAAAUAACAACCUGGUGCAUGAUGUGAGGUGUGUAAAAGCCUUUUGACACCUGGAAGCGGCUGCUGAUAUGGUGGACCUGAGUCUGACCCUCAGGAGCCCCCAGUCUCACUUUUUAUGAGAGCCUGGGGAAAAUGUUGCUACAGAUUAUGGAUCUAGGAUAUCAUCUUCCAUGAGAUUCCAGUUUCACAGCGCCUCAAUCAAACAGCUGUAAGAAACAUGGAGAGAGAAGCAGCUGAGAAGGAGAUGGAUGGCAUUAUAGACGCUGAUGAGAAGAUGCCUGAUGGUGAUCCCACCUCAGUGACUGAGUCUACUCAGUCGGAGGCCAGACAGACUUAUGAUGAAUGCGGGCAGGAGGACGAAACAGCCUAUCUCAAAUCUCAGGACACCCCAAAUCCAGCUACUCCACAAGACUCUGGAAUUGGUGAAGCAGAGUAUUGUGGAUCUACAGAGGCCAAAGAGGAUACUGAGGAGGCUUCAGAUGGUUUUGAGCAAGAUGACACUGCAGAUCACGAGAACUCGCAUGUUAUAAAUCAAGAGGAGGAUGAAGCUGCAAAGGAGCAGCACAUGAAUGGGGAGUCUGGGUGGAGGAACGUAGGACCUGGACGGAGAUGCAAAUUGAAGACUGGUGGGUCAGUCUCAGAGCAGAGCGGUCAAAGUGCUUUUUCCUCCAUUCAAAAAGGCAAUGUUAUGUCAGGUGGUGGACGGCACAAGCAGACCCGCAGACGUAACCACCACCACCAUCAACAGACCCGAGGCCGCCGGCGAACGGGCAACCAGCUUGUCUUGGCUUUCAAGGAGAUGCUGUCAGAGUCUCUGAGCUUUUGGUGCAUCUCCUGCGUCCACAUGAUGAUUGAGAUUAUUGUCACAUUAACUCACAAUUGUGGAGUCGGUGUGGAGACUGGAGGGGUGAAACUAUACAACUUUGGACAGCAGCUUCUUGUAAAGAUCACAGACAUUGCAGGAAUGAAGGCUGACGCUUGUCGGAUUCUGAAAUGGACGAAAUGCACAGGAGCAGACCUGGUGGAUAAAAUUGUUAGGUCGGUAAAGUGGGUAAAGACAGCUGCCUUAUCAUGUUUAAGACUUUUCUGCGCUAUUGUUAUUCUCGGCUCCCAGUGGGCAAAGGGUGCGUUGGUUCGCCUUGGCGGAGAGAGGGGAAAACGCUAUUGGACAGCUUUUCAGGAGUCAAGGUUUUGGAAAAGGGUGCUGUCCCUGCUGGAGAGAGUCCGAAGCAGGUUCCGGAGGCGAAGCCAAGUACCACCGUCCAGCCCUGACUCACCCGGCAGAGCAGGGAGGAGCCAGCCAGGCCAGGAGCUGGAGAGACUGCUGGCCUUGGCUGAGGUGCCAGAGGAUGAGCUCGACCCCUUUACAGUGCUUGGUGUGGAGGUGCACGCCACUGAGGCUGAACUGAAGAAGGCCUACAGACAGCUGGCUGUCCAGGUCCAUCCAGACAAGAAUAAACACCCACGAGCUGGAGAGGCGUUCAAAGUACUGAGGGCUGCCUGGGAUAUCGUCAGUAACCCAGAGACACGACGAGAGUAUGAGUUGAAGCGUAUGGCAGCGACAGAGCUCUCAAAGUCCAUGAAUGAGUUUCUCACCAAACUGCAGGAUGACCUGAAGGAAGCCAUGAACACCAUGAUGUGCACAAAGUGUGAAGGAAAACACAAGCGGUUCGAGAUGGAUCGUGAACCUGCUGAGGCCCGGUUCUGUGCUGAAUGCAAUCGUUGCCAUAGCGCCGAGGAGGGGGACCUGUGGGCUGAGUCCAGCAUGUUGGGCCUACGUAUCACAUACUUUGCCUGUAUGGAUGGCAAGGUGUAUGAUAUUACAGAGUGGGCUGGUUGCCAAAGAAUAGGCAUCUCUCCUGACACACACCGUGUGCCCUAUCACAUCUCUUUUGGUUCAAAGAACAACAGCAACUCCACACGACACAGGACGCCCUCAGAGCACGCCACAGGUCCCGCCAACCCUGCAGAUCUGCAGGACUUCUUUAACCGCAUCUUCAAGGGAGGGCCUCCUAACGACAUGGCUGCCAACGGGGGCUUCUUCCCCUCAGGUCCACCCCAUCAUCACCCACCUGGUGCUGGAGCGCCACCGUUCUCCCCUCCCCCAAGCCAGACAGGUUUCUACAUGCCGGGGGGUCAACGGCCAGAGUCCAGCGAGACGUGGGCUGAAAGUGGCAAACCCCCCAGACGGAGGAAGAAGGUGCGCAAACCCUUCCAGAGGUGAAGCUUGUCAACCUCUCAGUGUAUCAACAUAGCAACACAGGGACACAAUAAAUAAUGGCCAUGUUUGUCUCUCGCCUGCCUGUUGGCAUGCCAAGAUCUGAACUGGAGAUUAUUCAUGUGGGUAUGGCUGCAAUCAGACCAGCCAGGGGAGAGAGAGAGAGAGAGAGUGAGAGAGAGAAAGAGAGAGAGAGAGAGAGAGAGAGAGAGAGAGAGAGAGAGAGACUGGAUCAUGAAGAACAAGUAUUGAAGGAGGGCUGAAGAGGUGGCAGUGAUGGUGCUUUACCUCUCAUUUCACCUUAAUUUUUUUUUUUGUUGGUCUUUAAGACGACUGUAGCCUUGGCAUUGAAAUCCUUAUUGGGAUGCUGUAAUGAAACGUUUUCCUGUCCUGCCAAAUCCUGCGAUGCAUGAUUUAUUCACCUGCAUUUUAACACUUCAGUUUUCUCACUUUUGUUGUUAAUGUUUUGUAUAAGGUUAGUUUGAGACAUUGGUUCCAGACAGAGUGACACUUGAAGAGAGGGUUCGUGUGAGUUAUGGAUCACUAUAAUUAACAUGAAGAAGAUAAUUAUCUGGGCAGCUGAACUGUCAGUGGUUAUGUUUGAUCUGCACCUUGCCCACCAUAUUUCAAGAAUGAACCGAAACCAGUUAAACCCAACACAUAUGAACGAAAUUUAUAAGACUUAUGCAGUAGCCACAUUUUUAUGGGUGAGAUGGCCCGAGAGAUUUUACGGUAACAUCAGAGGGUAGGGUGUGAAUCUCUGGUAGUGAGCCCACAGACAGCAAGAUUUCAGUACACAAACCUUCCACGCAGUCAACCUCUAGCAUUUGGGAUCCAUGGAGGUGACUAGCAUUUGUUAUUUUUCCUACUUAUUUGUUAUUAUAAACAAGAAAAUUGUCUUUUCGACUGGCAGUAUGCAAAAUUUAAUAUUACCUGAAUCUUUCUAGAGCUGUGAAAUAACAAAUGUCUCUAGAAGUUCAAGUAAACCCUUCCAGAGUUGUAUGAAUAUAUGGCAGUUUGUUCAGAUGUAUUCAUGCAAAAACUGAUGCUGACAUUUGUGUGGCAGCUACCAGAGAAUCACAUCCUGCAUUUAUUAACUGAGCCUGAGAGGUGAAAGUGAAGAUCUGGACCUGAGUAGGGAAAAUGAUUAAAGAGCCAUUUUUGUUUUGAGAUAUACUGAUUCAAACACACUUACUCUGCCUGCUGUUUAUUGUCUCAGCUCCAGAUUGACAUUAUAAUUACACCGCAGGUUCAAAUUUAACAGCAGGAGUGAGCUCAGUUGUGUUUCUAUAAUACUGAAUAGCAGCUGAGCUGCUUUGAGAAGGUCUCGAAAGAUUAAUAGUGACACCUUGACAUUUUGAAAUGUUGAUAUUUUUCUUCGGCAGGACCUCAUUUAUGUUUUAAAGACCACACAGAAUUGAUCUACACCACCCCCCGUCGAUUCACUGUGUAACCACACGAAAUGAAAACAGCAAAAGUGAUUUACAAAGCUUAUGAUUAACAGCUAUCAGAGUCUUACAUGUAAUAUGACUUCAGAAAUAUGAGCUAGUUUACAAAUACUGAAGCAAGCCUGACUUGCAUGGAAACUUACAAUGCUGUCAUUUUUUUCCUCAUCAGCCUUGUUACUUUAAUAUGAUCAUCACUGACGUUACAGUGAUUCUUGAAUAAGACAGCAGUUAAAAAAAACACAUUGCAUUUGCAACAUAUGCAAUAUGUUAAUGUCAUAUAGUUGAUUUGCAUAGUUAUUCAUGUGGCAAGUGGAAAAACAAAUGUUCCAGUAGUUUAAAUAUUAACACUAUUUUCAUGAUAGUUCUACUUCCUGUUAAGUGCCAUUUUAUGCCAGCGAUGUUGUUUCGGGGGAUCUUAAGCCAUCUACAUCAGUGAUCUGCCAUGACUGUCACCCAGCUCAGGACACGUUUGUGAAGAAAAAAAUCUACCAUAGAAAAAUAAACCUUCAAAAUAAUUGUACUACUCUGAGUGUGAAGAGAUUACAUCAGAUUUCCAGGUUAUUAGAUUUGAAAUGAUUUAUUUUUAUCGUCUUGUUUCAGUCUGCAGUGUCGUCUCAGUGGCUCCAUAAUCUGACUCUUUGGAGUCUUGUGCUAUAAACUGGUGUCAUCUUGUCCUCUGAUUAAUUUUGCUACCUGGAUGUGGUUCAGCUUUCAAAAUGUCAAGGUUGCAGAUUGUCAGAAAAUCCAAUCUAAAUCUAAAAAACUAAUUUCCUUUUGUUCCUGUAUGAAACGCCAUGAUGGGGUCAGAAAAAUGAUAAUGGGUUAAAUAUUGGGUUUUGUUUCUUGAUAUGGUUCUUGCAUAGAAAUAAUUUAAUUUCCCUCACAGAUUAAUUUAAGAAAACAGAGCUGUUAUUGUUUACACCUGAUAUGUGAAGAUUGUGAGAAUGUAGUGAAAUGUGUGAUAAGGCGUUUGAUAAAGGCUAUUUUUUUAUAUUGACAGUUGAUGAUGAAAAGUACCAUGUUCAAUGUUUUUUUUUUUUGUUGUUGUGUUAAUUUGCACACCCACCCCUGUAAUAACAUCAGAGGGAUUCUGAACAGUCAUCUGUGAUUUAGCCUAACCAGACUCCUCCAGCUGCAGCUGAGUAGGAGGUGUAGCUCGCUAAGCUAACAGCUCAUUUGCAAAUUAAGAUCUUUCUUUUGAGUGUAGAAUCUGAAUGUUAAAUGAGUGACAAAUUUUUGAAGAACAUUUGAGUUGCACGACCCAUCACACUCUGGUUACCACCCAGCAUCAGAACUACUUUCUGGCAUAAUUGUAACUCAUAAUGUGGGUUUGUCUGGUAGCCUGAAGACAAAGAUGUUGAAAAUGUUGUUCGAGCUCAUUGAAGCAUGAGGUUAAGUUUGCCAUGUUUCUUUUCAUGUGUCAAAUUGUUUGUCUUGUGUAUGCGUUUGACCAGUUUCCCAGACAUGGAUUCAGUUGUCGUCAAUUAAAACAGCUCUUUUAAACGAAAUCCAAUUUAAAAUGUAAAAAUAGUCCUUGAGUUGUUUGAUUAUGGUGAAAGCAAUUUGAUAGCAUAAAGGAAGGUUACAGCUAAACCAGAUCUACGAGGGCUUAAAUUAUUUUUUCAGUCAGGCAGGGUUAAAUUUUACAGAAGCGUGAUGCAGUCACCUGAAAAAUAAAAUCUCUAUUUUUCUGAAUUAUUGUCUCAGAAUUCUGAGCAAAAUUUCACGGGAAAAAAUACAUUUGCCUUGUUUUUCUAAAUGAAUGAGAAUUGUAAGUUUUUGUUUUUCUGACAUAAAAAGAUUAUCUAAGUAAUUCAGAAAAAGAAGCAGAUUUUUUUCUGUUAAAACUUUACUUACAGGUUUGAGAUAAUGGUCUCAUUAAUUCAGAAAAAUGACAAAUAUUUUUUCCCCCCGAUAAAAACUUUUCUAAUGAGUCUGAGAUAAUAAUCUUGUCAAUUCAGAAAACAAGAGCAGAUGAUGACACUUACAAGAAAGGUUUUCCUUUAAAAAAAUCUGCUGUUUUUUGUUAAUUCAGAAAGAUGAACAUUUCUGAAAAGAAUUUUCCUCCCCAUGAAAAAUUUUCAAAUUUUUGACACAUUGAUCUCCUUGAUUCAGAAAAACAUUUUUUUUUUUCUCAAAUGUGUAAUGCUAUCGUAACAUUCGUUCUGUUACUGUGUGAUAAUCAGAAAGAAAUCAACCAAAAUAAAUUUUAAAAUAUUUCAUUCACAAAUUUGGUUAAAUUGCUCCAGAAUUUUUUUCCGACAACAUGCAAUUUUUCAUCUUGCAUACUCAUUUAGACCUCAAUUAUGUGUGUUCAUAUCCACAUUUUCAGAUUUUUAGAUCAUAAUCGAUUGUCAAAUAAUCUGUCUUUAUCUGGGAAACUGGAUCCACAGCUGAAACCACGUUGAGCAGAGUGCGUUGUUAUCCACACGUCCACCUUGACUUGAGAAUGUACAGUCCUGUAUGUUUAAAGGUAGCAGGUCGAAGUCCAAGAGGUCAAUGAAAGAGCCAACAAUUCAGAUUUUUUUUUUCUUCCUUUUCCAAGUUUUUAACAGAAUAUGCAGAAGUAUUGCAAAAAAUAUCUGACAAUCAUCAGGGUUUUUUUGUAGGGAAUUGUAAGGCGAGUUCCCUGGCUGGCAAACAGUUUUAAAAUAUCACUGUUGGGUUUCUUUCCCCCGCUUUCUCUGGUUUUCAGAAUAAAGAUGAUUUCCUAUAUGCA